GUUAGACUCUCUGCUUAGAGUGACAGUAGAUUGAUCUUCUAAAACGAUUUCUUUACCGACGAGAUUUUGCAGCCGAACAGGAGAAUCGGAGGAUUCGACGAGUUAUGCGUAAAAAAGCGCACCGUCGUGACGCAGCGUCACCGCUUUGGAUGCAGAGCUCACCCUGAAAAUCACACGCCGGCAGUUGAUUUCACAGCUUUCCCAAUGAGGAUUACAAAUAGCAUGAUGAUUCUGUGGGUGUUUGCAUUGUGCUUCUUUACUUUAUCAGAUGCUGUGAUCGACCUGACCAUGAUGUCUACAGCUGAGGUCAGAAAUGCUGAUAACUUCUCCAUCUCUUGUAUCAAUGGAGAGCGCAGCCCUGCCCAGGCUGAGUUGGACAUCAAGAAGGACAACAAAAUCCUCAUGUACGCCAUUACUCCACAGUAUAUAGUGCAAAAACUUAGAAACAAGAAGGUUGUGGCGAGAAACUUUAGUUCUCUAGAACAUAUUGGUAUCUUCUACUGUGAAUCUUCUCAGGAAGUUCCACCACUUGAGACGGUCACGAUGAUCAACAACGUUAAAAGCGAUUUCCUUCCAAAUUCACUCACACUGACUGCUAAUCAAGGUGAGACUGUUCACCUCACUAUGCAUCUGCACAGCCCCCAGAAGAGAGAUGUGACCUGGAAGUACAACGGAAACUACUAUUAUAUGACGCACUGGAAUGAUGUGAUCAAUCAAACUGCUGUGCUAAUAGUGGAAAAUGCAAGAACUGAUAAUCGAGGUAUCUACAGCGCCAGCUAUGUUGGAGACAGCCCCCUCAAAGGAGCCUGGAUGAGGCUCAUUGUCAGAGGUUGCCCCAGUCAGAAGUGGGGUCCUAACUGUAUUAGAGAUUGUCAGCAGUGUCUUAAUGGUGGGGUGUGCCAUGAAGUGGAUGGAGACUGUAUCUGCCCUCCAGGAUUCAUGGGAACGCGCUGUGAGACAGCCUGCAGAGAAGGAAUGUUUGGUCAAAACUGCCAGGAGGCAUGUGGUUCCGAGUUGAACUGCAAGGGGCUUCGCUUCUGCCUACCAGACCCCUAUGGUUGCUCCUGUGCCAGCGGCUGGUUUGGGAGUCACUGUGAGAGAGCCUGCCAUAAUGACAUGUAUGGACCAGACUGCAAGUUUAGCUGCAAAUGCCAGAAUGGAGGAGUCUGCAGCCGUUUCAGUGGAUGCCAGUGUCCUAGAGGGUGGAGAGGACAGCACUGUGAGAAGUCUGACUGGGCUCCUCAGAUUAUAGACUUGGUUACUAAUUUGGAGCUGAAUCUCAACUCCAAUGCCAGGAUCCUAUGCUCAGCCACAGGCAACCCUCUCCCCAGCCACAACAGCAUCGAACUGCGAAAGCUAGACAGCACAGUACUUAAGGCUUCUCGCACUGUCAUGGACUCAAAUAGGAGCACAGCCCAGUUUGAUAUCCAUCACCUGAGUGCUCAACACGGAGGCUUGUGGGAAUGUAGGGUGUCCACCGAGGGAGGCCAGGACUCCCGCAAAUUCACCCUCACCAUUAAAGAGCCCCCGAUGCCCACUACUGCUCCCAAACUGCUCGAAAGGAGAAGUAAUCAGCUGUUGGUGAUGCCAGUGCACGCCUAUAUAGGAGAUGGCCCCAUUGUGUCAACCAGAGUCCUCUACAAGCCACAAAAGAAUGAGAAGAAAGACCUGUGGUCCUCCAUCAUAGUUUAUAGUGACAAAGAGCCUGUCACGCUGAUGAACCUGGAGCCUUCGACGAGCUACUAUGUCCGUGUCCAGCUGAGUCGUCCUGGGGAAGGAGGAGAGGGGUCCCCGGGGCCACAGGCCACUCUGGAGACUGACUGUCCUGAGCCCACAAUUCAACCUGAGAUUGACAGCAGCUCGGUGGAAGGCCGCAAUGUUACCGUGCGCUGGCGAAUACCUGCCAGCAACAGCAUUAGUGCUGGCAAAGCCACUGGCUAUUUAGUGCAGCUCUUCGGGCCGCCACCCUACAGUGAGAAACUACAGGAGGUUCACACCCUGCUCAAUGUGCUCUCCACCAAGUUCCACAACCUGGAGUAUCAACAAGACUACACGGUGGUGGUCCGCCUCAUCAACUGUGGCAGCCAGGGCCCACCCUCCAAACCCUACCAUUUCCACAUCAACAGCCAGGGCCCAUCAUCCCCACUCAACGUCAAGGCCGUGCCCCUGUCCGUGUCAGCCAUUCAGGUGAAGUGGCAACCGCCUGACGAUCCAAAUGGAGGAAUCAUUAAAUACAUCAUAGAGUACCAGCCAGUCAGCCAGGCAAGCCCUCACCCUUGGGUGGACACAGAUGAUGGCAACAAGACCAGCAAAGAGGUGACAGCGCUCAACGGCAGCACGGUCUACCAAUUCAGAGUGAGGGCUUUCUCUAAAGUGCCAGGAGAGUGGAGCAGCUAUGUUCAGGCAAAGACACAAGGGGAUGAAAAAGCUCCUCCGACUUUUACCCCGACGACCCUAGAUGUGAUCGGGCAGCCCAAUGGGGACAGUUACCAGCUGUUAAUUGCAGUGGUGGGUUCAGUGACAGUCACCUGUGUGACUAUACUGUUGGCACUGUUGGCUCUUUUCUUCAUCAGGAAGACGCUGCUGAACCGUCGCCGCACCUUUACCUACCAAUCCGGAUCGGGGGAGGAAACUAUUCUGCAGUUUAACUCAGGAACUCUGACCCUGACGCGAAGGCCAAAACCCACACCGGAGCCCCUGACCUAUCCAAUCCUUGAAUGGGAGGAUAUAAAGUUUGAAGACGUCAUUGGAGAAGGAAACUUUGGCCAGGUUAUCAAAGCCAUGAUCAAGAAGGACGGCAACAAAAUGAGUGCAGCCAUCAAGAUGCUGAAAGAGUUUGCCUCAGAGAAUGACCACAGAGACUUUGCAGGGGAGCUGGAGGUUCUGUGUAAACUAGGCCAGCAUCCCAACAUCAUCAACUUAAUAGGAGCCUGUGAGAACAGAGGUUAUCUAUACAUAGCUAUAGAAUACGCUCCCUAUGGUAAUCUCCUCGACUUUCUGAGGAAGAGUCGUGUGUUGGAGACCGACCCUGCCUUUGCCAAAGAGCAUGGCACCGCUUCCACCCUCACCUCCCAGCAGCUGCUGCAGUUUGCUGUGGAUGUGGCGAAUGGGAUGCAUUACCUCAGUGACAAACAGUUCAUCCACAGGGAUUUGGCAGCGAGGAAUGUUCUUGUUGGGGACAACCUUGUUGCUAAGAUAGCGGACUUCGGUCUGUCCCGCGGUGAGGAAGUUUAUGUUAAGAAGACAAUGGGAAGGCUGCCGGUGCGCUGGAUGGCCAUUGAAUCCCUAAACUACAGUGUUUAUACAACGAAGAGUGAUGUAUGGUCUUUUGGCGUUCUUCUCUGGGAAAUUGUAAGCUUAGGUGGCACACCGUACUGUGGGAUGACAUGUGCGGAGCUUUAUGAAAAACUGCCCCAAGGCUACAGAAUGGAGAAACCCAAAAACUGUGAUGAUGAGGUCUAUGAGCUAAUGAGGCAGUGUUGGAGAGAUCGGCCCUAUGAGAGACCCCCUUUCUCCCAAAUCUCUGUGCAGCUCAACAGGAUGCAGGAGGCCAGGAAGGCCUAUGUGAACAUGGCUCUCUUUGAGAACUUCACCUAUGCUGGAAUUGACGCCACAGCUGAGGAGGCCUGACUACCAGCCCCCCCAGACCCUAGCAUGCCACGGAGCUCCAAGAGAAAGUCACAAGGGAGGCUGCCACGUUACUGCAACCCCCCAGCCACUAGGCGUCAAGACAGGAGGACUAGGCGCUCUACUUCAACCACCCAGCUAUAGAUGGAGGACUGUGAAAGGACACUGUCUGGAAGUAUUACAGGUGUAAGGAGAAGCGGCGUAUGGCUGGGUCUUUGUUGGAGAGAUGCAUCUGCUACUGUCGUUUUGGGAACUGUGAACCCCUGUCACCAAAAAAAAGGAAAAAAAGAACACGCAGUCUCAGAAAAAGAAAUAUACAGCAUUGCACCUUUUGCUUUUCCAAAAGUUAUAAUGCUGGAAGCUUUUCUCUGAGGACUGAUAUGUGCAAUAUGGAGCUACGUGACUUGUUGAAGCACCACAGGGUCUGUGGGGUGUCAGUACAGAAAUUUUCCCUCCAUUCCUCAGAAUGGAGGAGGACAUCUUUUCAUGGAGAAAAAAUUUAAAACCAAAACAGCGUUCUCAAAUAAGACAAGUCAACUUCUCAGCGCAGCUCAAGUGUUUGAGAAUGAACUAUGAUCGAAAGACUUCCAAUGUAGCACUUAAAAGUAGCCUUACUCUGCCAUCUUUGUCUUUUACUAUUUGCCUAUCACUGCCAUAUGGAUGUAACUACGACUGUAAAUAUGUUGCCUCAUUUUUAAGAUACCAAACUCUCCUAUUAUAGGAAUAUAAUCAGAGUUAUAGACUGAUUUAAAAACCAAGGUGGGUUUCCAGGUGUCGCAUGUAAAGUUCCAACACAAGAGAAGUUAUUUGGAAACCUACAACUAAUAUGGGGAAGUAACCUUUGUAGUUUUUAUGACAUUAUAAAAUCUAACAUUGAUGAUAAUCCACUCUGUGAGAAUGUACAGUAUGUGUUCAUUAACUGGUUUCCUGAAUAAAGGGUUCUUUUUGUAGUGACUGGACUUACCGCAAGUAGUUCAAUUCCAUUUGAAGUUAUAGUGCAAUUUUAUGCACUAUAAUGUUUUUGGGUUUUUUUUCCCCAUAGAUGAUGGUGACUUCAGCAAGAGGGGAUUAUGUAUAUAUACUUGCCCUCUUUAUAGUUAGCAUGGUGGGGGAGAGGCCAGGCUACUGGGGACCAAAGUGUAGCGAGAGAACCCAGGAACACUGGCUGCCUGCACUGAGCUGAUCUGUCACUGCGUUUCCUUUACACACCAACCACAGGACAGAACUGUCAAACACUGUUUUAGUGUGCCAGCUUCCUGACUACUGCACAUGUGUAACAAGGGAACAGGAGUGGCAUUAAAUUUAUUUUUAUACCAUAUACCAAAAAUCUGACCUUUGAACUUACAGAAGCACUUAGGUCGUCUAGAGAUCUUUCAGUUAUCCAGUACAGUUUCCCUGUCAACAAAAACUGGUGAAAAAAAUAAAAUUUUUCAUUUGCUAUCCAGCUGCAGGUUUCACCUACAAAACGUAAAUCCAAGACAAAGCACAACAACAGAGUUCGUAAAGAUGUGGGACAGCCCCAACUUGCCAGCUUGCAUAUUUUAAAUCUGCAGUCCAAGGGAAGUUGUAAAUAGAGAAAUACAAGCAAAGCUAAGUAGCACCGUUGGCUUUACUGUAGUUAUUAACAGUUUAAUAAAUACUUGAUUUCAUCUUUAGGUUUUCCAUGUGCAGACAUUUUAUCAUUCUGGGUUGUAUUGCUACAUGCUACAAUUUCUUUUUAUCUCCAGUUUUUCCGGGGAGCACUGUGGUGCGAGUGCUAAUGUUAGCUUAAAAAGUGUUUGUAGCUACCAGUGACUUUGUUGAAUCAGUAAGAUUAAAAUUUGAGAUGUUUUUUAUUGACAUUCAUGUAUACUGUAUGUAAAAACUGUCAGAUGAUACAGAAAGUGCUUUACAACACUCAUCAAGAGUGGGAUUUUCCUCAGUAAGAUGCACUACAAAUUGCUGUUCAUACAAAACUACCAGGAACUGCUGGAAAUUUACUUGAGACUUAAAAUUUCUUGCAGCUUUACAAGCCUGGGAAGUAUGGCAAUUGGCUCAGCAAACCCUAGUUUUAGGAGAAGUUUUCACAUGCAAAUGGAAAUAUGGUGUGCUAUACAAAUGCAAAUACAGUAGAUGGAUAUUAGUCCAGAGGUUAAAGCAGAAUGCAAGGCUUCAUGUGCUCCCAAUUAUAGUC